GCCCAUUGCUGACGACAUCACACACCACGUGUCAGCAUUUGAUCACGUGAUGAAGAAAGGAGAAGAGCUCCUGGAAACUCGAGCACCGGGCAAGGAAAAGAAAGUUCUCCGAAAGAGAUUGGACGAUCUCGAAAAACGUUGGAAUGACGUCAACACGCAAUCAACCACACGUGAGACUCAAAUCGAGAAGGUCCUGGGACUAGUAGACGAUUACAACCACGUGAAUAAGGAGUUUGUCACGUGGCUUAGUGAUGCAGAGAAAAAAAUGGAAACUACUCUCGAACCAACCCACGAUCAAGAUGCCGUGGAGAAACAACAAGAAUUGCUCGAGGUAAGACCUGGGGGUGUGGGGGAAAGGGAGGAGACGAGGGGAGGCCGAACUCCUUUGGUGAGAAGGUUUGCCUGGGCACUAUGGUCCAGCAGAUGGUGUUCAUCUGGGGCUGGUUGUUCAACCUUGGGUUAACCUAAAAUUCAAAGCGAACUUGCCAACAGCUUGUUUAUAAAUUUGGAAAUAUUUCUUUGGAAAUCUUGUCUGAAUCAGUAGGAGUUUUCUUCUCUGGAGUUUUGGAAUAAACAGACGUGUAGAAAUAUAUAAACUACAACAUCACGUUAAAUUUGAAGCGAGGGUUAGCGCUAAUCCAGCUUUGGACAACCGCCCCAGACAGAGUGAGACGAUGAUAUUAUUGAAUGUAAAUGAUCAAUUCAUAGUUUUUACUAACUCUACGUUUUCCUUCAUACAGGAACUUUAUGAAAGUGUUGAACAGCACAAACCUGAUCAUGAAAAACUAAACCAAGUUGCGGAAGAACUUUUGAAAGUCGGUCAAAGUCUCAACAUGAACGAAGACAUCGAAAUCUUGGAAAAAGAAAUAGAGUCCACCAAUCAGCGAUGGAUAAAUUUUCAGCGUGAUAUUUCUGAGAAACUUCAUGCCACCGACCAAGUUGAAUACGAGAUGGCAGACUUCAAAGAAUGUGUGGAUACACUUCAGAACGGCAUACAUGAAGUAAUUGAUUCAGUGAGAGAUGUUGCUGUGUUGAACAUGCCAGAGGGAGACGAGGUUAAAGUCAAAGAUAUUCACAUCGUACCAAGAAUGCCUAAGUCAGGAGAAGCCAAUAAAGAUGUCGACACUUUGCAGGUUAGCGGCCUUGUUUGCUCUGGUAGUGUACAAUGUGUUUGCUUGCUCGCUUUAGGUGUUAAAAGCGCUGUCGUUCAACGUUUACUUAGUAAAUGUAACCACUGUUUUUUAUCCACAGAAAGCACUUGAUAAGAUGGACGACCAAGCACCUACCUUGGUGAAAAUGAACGAACUCGGGGAAUCCUUAGUGGAGAAAACCAACGCUCCUGAAGUGAAAACACAAAUGACAAACACCAACGAAGACCAUGACCAACUGCAGAAACGUCUUAACGAUGCCAAGCGGACGUUGGACGAAAUAAUUGAACAUUCUGAUGAGUUUGACUUGAAGAAAGCACAAGUUGAUAAGAAGUUACCAAAACUACAAGAGAAGGUGGAAGCAUUGGAACCGAUCAGUGCCCGACCAAAUACGGUGAAGAAACAAUUGCAGGAAUCGGAGAAUAUUUCGAAAGAAGUUUGUGAAGUUGUUGAGGCCUUGGAGUCGGUUCAGGAUGAUCAAGAUUGGUUGUUUGCAAACACUGAAGUUGAACCUGAGGUUAGUAUUAAUUUAUUAAUAUAUACUAAGCUCUGCUCAAACGAGAGUUGAGAAGCGAGAGUUUACAUGAGAGUUUUCUCAACUUUCAUGCCCCGAUCAAACGAGAACAAGAGUUGCAUGAGAGUUGACAGGAUAUUAUGAACCAGCUCAAAGUUGAUGGCGGCCGUCAAACGCGAGCAAAAGUUGUAACUCUUGUCAAUUCUUAUCCUCGUUUACCGAGGCUUUCAUCUCAUAAUACAAUACAUGCAUUCUAUGUUUCUUUCUCUCGCACAGGUUAAAACGGAGAUGGAAGAAACACUGCAACGGUUAAGAAAACCUGUUGACGAAGUACAAGCGGAAGUAAAGAAGAGAGAGAAUGAACUACAAACCGUGUUAGUUUUAAGUCAGGAAUUUGAGACGAUAUCUGCGGAGCUUGUCACUUGGUUAGCUGCGAUUGAAGAAGAACAGACGAAGGAAAAGACUGUGUCGGCUGUCUACGAGACCGUGAAGAAACAACAGCAAGAACACAAGGUAGAGAAAUUAACUUCAGUUUUCUUAUACGUCAACAAAAGAAGGAAAGAAACGGUAUCCCGGUGAUUAGGAUGAUUCUUCCUCCCAAUGUAAAUAAUGUCUUUGAAUUCCUAAAUAUGUCGAGAUAUUGAUCACAAAGUGGAUAAGAAUGUACUGCCACUGUGGGGGAACAAAACUGGUAGAGCAAUCCAGAAUUAAUGAAAGUCAGUUAGAUAAUUCAGUGUGUAAAUAAUAUCGUAACCUCAGACUAUGGUAUAACCUAUUUUUGUUUUAUUUUCACAGCCAACUCUGGAAGAUAUAAAGAAACACGAACCGCUGUAUGAAAAAAUAAUGAAAGACGCCAAAGAAAUCCUGGAAGACACAGAGGAGAGCCCAGAACGUGAAUCUCUCGUGAAGGAAGUCAAUGACAUUGAAAACCGAUGGAGUAACAUCGUUGCACAUGCGGAAACGAGAGAUCACGAACUUGCACGAGUCCUGCCCGAAGCCAAGCGAUGUCAAACGAAGGUGCAGAACCUGGAACCGAAACUCGCUGAUCUCGAAAAGAAACUGGAGUCAUUACCCGAUAUAUCGGUCGAUACGGACGCUCUGGAGAAACAGAUGAAAGAUGCUGACGUGCUACGAAAAGCGGUUGAUGAUCUUGCGACUUUGAAUGACGAGAUGACUGACAGUUGUAAUACCUUAGUUGGAAAUCCGCUGGCAGAUCUUACUGUGGUCGCAGCUGAGGUUGAGAACCUGAAAGCACGUUACGGAGCAAUCCUUGACAAAUUAUCAGACUGGCAAGCUAAAGUGAACACAGUAAACGAACAGGUCACACAAUAUAACGAAGUGAAGAAACCAGUUGAAGAAACAGUCCUCAAUGUUGAAGAAAGUGUUCCUGUGCAUGAUUCACCAGUCACAGAUGCUGAGUCAGCGAAAUCAGAGCUGGAGACGGUCGAGAACUCUAUAAAGGAACUGGAUGCACUUCGUCCCGAGAAGACUAAUGUUGUGAAGAUUGGAAGUGGAAUUUUGAAGGAGGUUGGCGAGGAGUCACCAAAGGUCGUUGUUUUGAAAGAAGGUUAGUGGUCCUUGCUAUAGAAAGUAUUAUGUGACCCUGAUUAGUAAAAAUACCCUUCCAGUCCGCUGAAGACUACAUGCCAAAGAUUUAAAGAAAAUUUAUAUUCUGUUAGAUUUACACUGUCUAUUGUUCUUUUCAAAUUCAGUCCCCAGUGAAUGCCAUAUUUACGUAGGUAUAAGAACAUACACUGCCCCAAAACUGAAAAUGGUAUUUCUUCCAAGUACUUUAAAAUUGAUUUAGCUACCAACAUUUUAGUGAAUUUGUAGUCAGGAGUUAAUAAACAAUCAUCCCGAGUUUAAGAUUUUAAGGUAAAAUUCUUACGUCAUUUAAGGUCUUGCUAAUCUCGACAAACGCUUCACUAACGCACGAGAAAAAGCGGUGAUGAGGAAAAUCUUUUUGGAAUCUCAGCUGAAACGCUUGGAAAUCUACGAAGUCAAUAUCACUGAAGUUGAAAUCUGGAUCACCACGACACUCGUCAUACUUGACAAACUGGAACCUGUUAGCACAAAACCGGAAAAACUUGCUGAACAACUUGAAGAGGCAAAGACACUACAAGAUGAAACAGUCGAGAAGAAACAAGUUCUGGAGACCGCGCUGGAAGCUGGUCAGUGGCUGACUGAGAAUACAAAUGAUGUCGAACAGAGGAAUGCCAUUGUGGGAAGGAUGACAAAAACACGCGCGAACUUCGAUCGUGUCGCGAAACGCGUGGAUGAUCGUUUUGAUCGUCUACAGAUUGCGGAGUUGAAAUCCAAGGAUGUUCAGGUCGUGUUUGAUGAGUUCAAUGAACAAUUGAGGAAAUUGGAAGAAGAAUUUGAAAGUCAGAGGCCUGUCUCUGCGGUGAGGUCAACAUUGGAUGAACAGAAACGAAACACAGAUGUAAGUAAAUAUUAUACUUAAAAUUGAGCGAUUAUUCUACACCAAAUAUAAGCCUACAAAAUAUUAUGAAGAAUUAUUUUCCCACUCUCAACAGUCGGCAUAAAAAUAGAGCCUAGUUUCAAUCCCGUUUUAACAGUUGUUUUAUCUUCACUUCCAGGCCAUAGACGAGAAUCUCUCUCAAGUUGAACCAGUCUUUGAAAAACUUGUCGAUCUUGUGCAGUCUCUGUUAGACGCAUCUGAACCGAGCGAAGACCGUGAGGUACUGGAACACAAACUUGAUGACGUCAAAAUACGUUGGUACUGUCUACGUGAGAAGGUGCCUGAGCGAGAAGAACAGAUAUUACAUGUAUUACCGCUGGCAAGAAAGUAUGAGAAUAUUACUGAACCGUUUACAGCUUGGUUGGAGGAAACCGAGAGGCGAGUUGGAGAACUGGAACCGACAUCACUGAAUAAAGAUGACGUCACCCGGAAGUCGGAAGAGAUUAAAGCACUUCGUGAUGACGUCAUUGCUCAUGAACCUGAACUUCGAAACAUUGUGGAUGUUGAAGGUGAUUUGGCGAAGACGGCAUCUGCUGAUGAGUUUAUAGUUGAAGCACAAGUGAAAGAUUUGUCCGAGCGAUAUGAAAAUUUACAGAAGGAGCUGGGGGAGAGAGUGCGCAAGCUGGACACGGUGCAGACGGCUUUGAAGGAAUAUGAGAAUGGUUUGGAGGUUGUGGAGAGGAUUCGUGAUGAGGCAUCAGAGUUGGCUGAGGCUAAAGUACUGUUGGCUUCUCCAGUUGAGGAAUUGACUGAUGAACUACGCGAGGUUAAGGUAAGGUGUAUUGUUAAGUGGUUGUCGGUGAUACAGUGCGUAUGCCUUUCGCCCGUGUGACCAUACAGGGCGUGACUUUUCCGUUAUGCAGUUGUCUGAUUGUUUAGCAUGUGAGAACUGUGUCUCCAGUUUGACUGUUCCAAACACCCAACUUUUUCCAGAUACUCUGCUUUCCUUCUGUAGUAAAACUGAACCAGUAAAGGAUAACGUUACUGGACCCCUAGGAAGAACAGUUUAGAACUGAUAGAGCUAUCCAGUAUAAAUAAAGUUAUUUUAAUUUAGGUUUCCUCCUGUAGUUACACUAGAUCAAUAAGAGAUGAUCCUUACUGAACUUCUAGGGAGAACAGUUUAGAACUGAUAGAGUUAUGCAGUAUAAAUAAAGUUAGAUUAAUUUAGGUUUCCUCCUGUAGUAACACUAGAUCAUUAAGAGAUGAUCCUUACUGAACUUCUAGGGAGAACAGUUUAGAAUUAACAGACCUAUCCAGUGUAAAGAAAAGAUUACUUAAACGACUUCUAAAUAUUUGUGUCCUUCUUGAUAGGUCAUGCUGAAUGUGGUUGAACGAAUUGAACCAAAUAUGAAUGAAGUAACGAAGAAAGGAAAUGCCUUGCUACAACUGGGAGAGUUUCCCGAGGAACCCAGUUUCCGAGAAGAUAUGUCAAACCUACCAAGAAGUGUGUCUGAUGCCAAACGAAAGUUGGAAGAGAAACAAGAAUUACUGGAAGCCGCCAUUGAGAAGAACAAGGCAUUUGAUGAUGUCGCCGAGCAACUAGAGAACUGGGUAGCAGCCACGGCUGUAGAACCUGUCUUUGCUGAGACCACAAAAAUAACAAACCCUGUAGCUGUUGAGAAACGUUUACAACAACUUGAGGUAAUUAUAUACACUGUUGUAGAGAUGUGCUUUCGUGAUCGGGAUUGAUUCUUUUCUAGAUAGUCCAGUUUCUUCCUGUAAUAAGACUGGAACAAUUUGGAGAUGAUUCCUACUGGACCUCUAGGGACAACAGUUCAGGACUGAUAGAGCUAUUCAGUAUACAGAUAUUUACCGAAUAAAAAAUUCAAGUGAAACAACUGGUGUAACUAUAUUUUUAUCAAACUAUCCUCUUCAUUUAGUAAUUUUAUUUUUUCUCUUGCAGAAACUUCGCGACGAAACAACAGAUCGUAAAAAAGACUUAGAACAACUGGAAACUCUCGGGCAGUGGCUGAGUGACCACGCAGCAGAUGAACCAAGCGUGAUAGCGAACGUUGAGAUGCAGAAAGCAAAACUUGCCAAACAGUUGGACGAACAACAACAAAAGAUUGAUGAGAAAUACAUGGAACUACAAGACGUUCUCAUGCACGGCCAAGCGUUUGACGCGAACUGCGAAGACCUAGCGACAAAACUUGGGGAUCUUGAAAGCAAACUUGCAACUCUCCGGCCUGUCUCGGCAGUUCACGACACGGUGAAGAUCCAAGAGAUUGAUGGGAAAAGUUUGAAGGAAGAUCUGGAGAAAUAUGAACCUGUGUAUAAGAAUGUUGUUGAAGAAGGCGAGCAAUUGGUGGAGGAUAUGGAAUCUGGAGACGAAAAGGACGCACUUGUUGAGAAGUUGUCAGAUUUGAAGACAAGGUGAGAAAAUUAACUUCGUUGGUGAGUAUUACUGAAGGAGUACUCGAAGAUAACUGUGUUUGGUGAAAUCAAAUCACUUUUUCACCUGCAACCUUAUAAUCAGACUAUUGCAGGAAUCAAACCCCGAUGGCAAUGCACUAACCAUUGUACCACCAUCAGCUCACCAAAUGCUACAGUAUUAGAUUGUACCUUUGCUGAAUUGAAAUCAGGAACUUACCAAUGAUUUGCAUUGUUUUAGAUGGACCGAAGUUAAAACAAAGAGCGACGAUUAUGAAAAAGAUGUUGGAAAGACCUUGCCCUUGGCUCAGAAAUACGACGAAGUAAUGUCGCCCUUCAUUGAUUGGCUAUCAGCGACUGAAACGAAACUAGACUUGAUGGAAGGAACUGUUUUGAAACAAGAAAACAUCCAGGAGGCUCUGAAAGAACUGGGAACGAUUCAAGAUGAUGUCAGCACGCGAGCCCGCGAUUACGAAACGAUUCAACAAUGCGGUGAAGUACUUCUCAAUACAGCUCAGGAAGAUAAGAAAGUUGUGGACGCGGAACUUGGAAAUACAGACAAACGUUGGGCAGCGUUGCGGAAAAACAUCCAAAGUGCGGCAGAUCGGCUUGAGAAGCAACAGAAAGUACUUGAAGAUUUCGAGGAGGGAGUGAAUAUCAUGGAUGAAGUGUUUACUCCAUGCGAGGCUGUCCUUGCAGAAAGAAAGCCGUAUGGCUUGAGUGAUGAAGUCGCCAAACGAGAGAUCGUCAAAAUUGACGAGCUGCUUGCUACGAUCGAAGAACGACGACCUGUAGCCGAUAAGAUUCCGAAACUGUACGAAGAUUUGACGAAAGAUGCCGAGGAAACUGAUCCUGAAGCUGUCGCGAUGAAGGAGAACGUGAAUGAUAUUUACACGAAGAAUCAAGAGGUUCCAGAAAAAUUGAAAUCAAUGAAAGAAAAAUUGGAGAAUGAAGCAGGACAUCUUGCAACUUUCAAUGAACUUAUCAGGUAAGGAAAGUGUGGCAUAACACGUUAUAAAUUCACAGAAACAAGAUAAAAUAAUAGACAUGUAUUUGGUUUGAAAGCUUCGGAUUGAUAGGGAUACAACUACCUGAAAAAUACAAUUUCACUAAUCUUAUAUGCUCUACCAUUCCAGGAAACUCGAAUCUACAGUACCCACACAAGCAGAGAAAUUUGAGAAGCAAGCUCCAGUAAGCACAAAACCUGACGUCAUCAAAGAGCAAAUGCGUGAAAACGAGGCUAUUGCCAACGAGGUAGAACAAUGCCGUAAUGAUGUGCAAGACUUGGAGGACUGUGGAAAAUGGCUUGUCGAGAACCUUCCGAGUGAUCCCGGAGUUAUCCGAGAAGUUCACGAGCGUAUUGCGAAAGCACGAGAACCAGUGGACAAAUUGUCUGCGAAAGUAAGUCAGCGUCAAAAUCAACUGGAAACCGCUGCACUUCAAGCACAACAGUUCGCGGACUACUUUGAAGAAUUUAGCCUGAAAAUUGCGAGUGUUGAAGACGAAUUAGCAAGCUUGCUGCCCGUUUCUGGGGUGUACCUGACUUGUUCUGAUCAGUUUGAGGAAGUUGAACGACUGGAGAGAGUUAUCAGUCAACAAGAAGCGAUAGUCGAGAAAGUCAAGAUGGUUGGUCAGAAAGUGCUGGAUAACCUUCCUGAAGGCCCUGAUAAAAAAGAAAUGGCGGGGAAAUUAUCUGAUCUUGAGAAGCGCUGGGAUGAUCUGAACAGCAAAGUGACGGAACGAAAGACAUUAGUAGAAAGUGUUCUACCAGUUUCUAAAGACUUAGACAAAGAAUCAAACAAUUUAUCGGAAUGGUUGACAAACACUGAACACCGCGUAGAAGACUUCACCUUGGAGUCAUUGGACAUUGAUAGCAUCGAACAAAAACUAAAAUCAUUUAAAGAUAUUGUGAAUGAAAUUCGAGCGAAGAAAGCCGUGCUUGAGAACCUUGAGGAAAAGUGUAAAAACCUAACCGAUAUUUGCGAGGCAGAUGAGGAAAUUCUUGAAUCACAAAUGGCUGGGCAGAGGAAACGUUACGAAGCGCUCAGGACGGCAGCCAAGGAGAAACAGGACAGCCUAUCUGAAGUCAAAGAUCUUGUUGAAGAAUUGAAUAAUUGUGCGAAGUCGCUUGAUGGUGUUUUGGAUGAAACUGAAGCGACUCUCAAAGCAGAACGUUGCGUUGGAAUCGACCGACAUGAAGUGUUAUCUUUCCUUGAAAGUAUCGAAAGAUUGAUGGAACAAGUUGCAGAUAGCGAAGAAGACCUCGAGAAAAUGAGAUCAUUUAGUUCAACUAUACUAACCCACGUAGACAAGAAUUCACCUUCGGCUCAAAUGCUUGGAACGCGAUUGAAAAACGCCAUGGAACGGUACUAUAUCGACAAAGACGAACUUGUGGAGUACUUUAUAACGAAACAAAACGACGUCCUUACUGUAGUGAAGCUGUGGAUGAUUUAUGAGACCGUUGAAGAUGGAUUACCGACUUUGGUUGACGAGGUGGAAACACUCUUGCCUGUUAGCGCUAAACCAAGUGUGAUUGCCGUGCAACUACAAGAAACUGAAUCACUUCUUGAAGAUGCUGAAAGAUAUAAAGAAAAAAUUGAGGCCGUCGAAGAUUUUGCGGAGGACGUACAGAAUAUCAACAACAACAAUCCUGAAGUGGUGAAAUUUGUUCAGGAUAAGAUCUCGGACGUGAGAAUUCCGUUAGACAAAGCUACUCGCAAACUAGAGGACCGUCUUAAAAAGCUUCAAGCUGCUUCUAUAAAGGGCAAAGACUACGAAGAUCUAAUGCAACAGUUGCAAGACAAGUUGUCCACUUUGGAAGUUGGUGUGACGACCACACAGCCAAUAUCAGGCGUGUACGAAACAACGAAAGAACAAAAAGACGAUGCUGAUCGAGUUGCGAACUCUCUGAAACAACAAGAACCUGUAUAUGAGAAAAUCAUGGAAAUUGGGCAGGCACUUCUGGGAUCAUCUCCAGAGGAAACGGAUAUUCAACCUUUGAAGGAAGAGCUGAAUGAAUUGACAUCUAAAUGGCAGGAUGUAACGAACAAGGCUAACACUCGUGGAGAGAGUUUGAACAACGCGUUGCCGUUGGCUAAGAGUUACAGCACAGCGCAAGAUGAUUUUGGAAAUUGGUUGAGUGAAGCUGAACGAAAGCUUGAAAGUACAGACGAGAUGCCUUUGGAUGUGGAGAACAUAGAGAAAGUACAGCAACGUCUCACAGAGAUCGCCGAAGAUGUUCAAGCCCACGAAGGAGUGUAUGACGAAUACGUUGCCAUGACAGCAAAGGUGGUUGAUGUGUGUGAGGAUGUCGUUGUCAUAGAAACAGAAGCGAAGGCUGUAGAGCGACGAUGGAAUGAGCUGAAGGGUAAAGUGGAAGUGAAGAAAGCUGAUGCAGAGAGAGUGAAGGAAAUUUUGACGAAACAUCAUCAAGCUUUGGAGAAUAUAGAGAGCGUGAAUGACAAGAUGGCGGAUAUUGUGAACUCUAAAGAUUUGUAUAAACUGGAUGGUGAUAAAUUGAAGGAAACACUGGAGAAAGCAAAGGUAUGAAAUGCAAUUAUUUGGCGGGGGGUAUAUGAUAGGCGUGGCACCCUUACUCCACGAAAGUUAGGUAUAUGUUUAACAUGGAUUUUUCGAUUUUCCAUGCAAAUGCCCUAAAUUAAUGAUGUGACAAUAUCUUUUGUGGAUAAUGUGGCGCCAGGGAAGGUUUGGGAUUGCAUUAAGUUUAGGUUAGGUAUAGGGUUCGUAUUUGGUAAGAAUCAGUGGUUAUGGUUGGAAGUAAAAUAAGAGAAUAGUUUAAUGAAAACCGCAUUUAUAUUGUCGUUGUUAAUAUUGAAAUUGACUAAUUUCUUGUACAGGAGACGUUAGCCGAAGCAAAGAAACACGAACCCGUGGCAGAAGAGCUCACAAAUACAAGCGAGGAACUUCAAAAAGAGCUGGAGACGCGACCCGAAGCAGAACGCCUUGCUAGCGAAACAACAGACGCCACUGACGGUUUUGCCAAAUCUCAGACAGAUCUUGCUGAUCUUAUCAAACGUCUUGAAGAAUAUAGCGAUGUUGCUGAGAAGUUCACGAAAUCUUACGAUGGUCUUGCCGAGUGGCUGCCGACUGUUCAACAGCAAGCUUUGGAACUGAAACCAAUCAGUACCCAGCCCGAUGUUGUUGAAGAACAGAUACACGAAACUGAGGUUAGUGUCCGAGCUGUAAACAUGACGAUAAUUACAAUAACAUUGAUCUAAUCCCGAUCUGUAUUGAACUGCAUCUGAUGUUGAUGGGAAAUUCUGUCUGUGGAAACCCGAGUGUAAUAUCUACAGGUAACCCCAGCUGUUGAUUGACCAAAUGCUCAGCCAGUCAAUAGUCGACUGGUACCUGUUAUCGAAAGUAUAUCGCGAUAUUUUUAAAUGCCAAUUUAAAUAAGACAUCAGUUGGAUUACAUUGGCAUUUUAUAAUGUUUGAAGCAAGUGAAUGAUUUUGUCUUAAAACGAUCGUCCGAAAUAAUUUUGAAAUUUCGUAGACUUUGUUACAUUGAUUUAACUUUAAUCCUAAACAGCCAUACUGACUUUAUUCGAGAGUUCAAUGCACAUCAACUAUUGCAAGAGUGAACUUAAUUGACUUCAGUAGAUGCAACUUGGUUUAAAUUGGAAAGCUAUUAACCUCCAAUCAACUUGUUUUUUAUAAGUUAUCCACAAGACAAGGGUUUGAAGGUUUAUUAUUUCGACAUGCUAUGUAAAACAGUUUAUAUUUUGAUAUGACGUGACACACCUUUUUUUGUAAAUCAAAUUUAAAAUAAUAUUACACGAAAUUAAAACUACUGAAAAUGCACCGAAAUUCGACGAUAUUAACGUAGAUGUAUUCAAGGGUGAAUUGAUUUGUUCGUUAAAUGUUAAAAUGAUGCGUUGUUUACGAUAUGUCGUAUGCUACCUGCUCAAAUCGCUCCACGAAAGACACUAAGGAAAGACGACAUGUUGUCUUAAGGGAAUUUCAUUGCCAUUUGCAAAGAGCACUUCAUAAAAAGGUAAAAGCCGCCUAAGUUGAAAUUCAAGCCUAGUAUUUAAUUACGCGUAUACCUAAGGUCUAUGUAAUAUUGUGUAACCGAAGGCAUUUGUGUGCUAAGUGAAGCGAAGUUGACUGUGUUGACUGCAAACUAUUGGCUAUGUUGUUGUUUAUUUAUUUUGAAGUGGCAACAUGGCGGCUAUGGGAUAAAUAGAAAGUGACUCGUUUAAAAUAAUACUUUUUCAAACACAAAAUAAAUUGAUUUCAUUCUGUGAAGCAAAAUAUAUUUUGUGUCAUUCAGGCAUGAUCCCGUGAUCCAAAUGUUCCAUUGUCUGUUUAUUGUUUUGAAAAUCUCACUGUUCUUCAUGUCAUCCAGUUAUUAUCUAUUGUGCUAGGCUUUGAAAGAUGAAGUGGAGAAGAAGCAAGCAGAAUUAGACUCGCUUGAAAACUCUGGGCAAUGGUUGAUUGAACACAGUGACGAUGACUCCAAGGUCGCUCCAGAUAUACAUACUAAGAUCAGUAAUGUCCGCACUAACUUGGACAAACUGUUAUCCAAGAUCCAAGCGCGUCAGGCUCGCCUUGACAAGGUUUUGUUCGAGAGCCAGGAAUUCAAUGUCGCUUUUGAGACGUUCAUGGAGAAGUUGGUCGCCAUUGAAGAAGCUGUUGCUAAGCAACGUCCUGUCUCGGCUGUCUACGAUACUGUGAAGGAACAAAGCAAAGAUAACAAGGUAUUGUAGAAUAGAGCGAGGUAUACUACACACGUCAAAAUUUCACAACUUGUCAACAAGAUGUGUUCGCAACAGGCUUGUAGCAAGCUUAUCAACAAGUUGUAACAAUGCUGUUAUUUUAUCAAGCUGUUACAAGGUUGUCACUGGAUUGCAGGACGGUAACAAGUUGUUGGAACAACUUGUAACAAGUCUGUUGAGCUCAACAUCCUUGUAGCAAGUUGUCAACAAGCCGUUAGAAACAUCGUUAGUUUCGCUAAGAUGUGAUAUUGUUGUCAUUAUAGGACGUCAAAGACACACUGGAGCAGUACAAACCAAUGUUGGAUAAACUCAUGACAAAUGGCAAAGACAUUUUGGAAGCAGCUGAACCAGGCCCCGACCGCGAGAAGCUUGAACGCAAGCUAUCAGACACAAACGAACGUUGGGAAACAGCUGUGGAAAAAACUCAAACACAAGAAACAAAACUUGACGAAAUCCGGCCCGUUGCCAAAACAUACCACUCUGCAAGUGUGAAGUUUGUGCCAUGGUUAGAAACUACUGAGAAAACCGCAGCUCCUCUGCAGGACGUUACACGUGAUCCACAAGCAGUUGCUAAGCAACAAGAAUUAGUGACCAGGACUUUGAGAGAGAUUCAAGAACACGCGCCUGAGUUCGAGGAGGUGACAGACGAUGCUUCAGCCACACUGGAUCUCGCGCAAGCUGACGAAUACGUGCUCGAAGGGGAAGUACAGGACAUUAAGAAACGCUGGGGUACAUUGGUGGAUCUGUUGAAUACAAAGGAGGAACAACUUGGGAAAUUAAUGGAUACAGCAGAGGUGUAUGAGCAUGCGCAGAAAUCGUGUAAGAAGCCGUUUGAAGAAGUGAGCAAAUUCCUCGAGGAGUGCAAGCCGUCAGGAGUUGACCGAGACCUGGCUGAGAAACAACGUGAAAAUGCGAAGGAGAAAUUGGCUUUGAUGGAGCUGACUGAAGGAGAUGUCAACAAGGUUUGUUAUUGAAGCAUUUGGUGGUAUAGGGUUGUGGUUCGUACUUUUGAUCGAGUACUCCAGUCUGAACUUGUUGUAACUUGUAGUAAAAUUUUAUGUUAAGGUUGAUCGCUCAGGGAAGGAUCUGGUUGAAAUUCUUGGAAAGGACACCACGGAUGGACAAGAAGUCGAGAAAGAGGUCGCGGAAACUGAGAAAACGUUCAAGGAAUUAAAACAAAAGUUACAAGACGUGGUUGAGAAAUGUGAUGAAGAACUUGCUCAAGCCAACGUUUUCCUUGAUGCCGUGUCUGAGCUAGGAGACUGGAUCGAUACCGCUGAAGAUGCUCGCGUGCUUAGAGAACCUGUUGCCAGGCAACCAGAGAGUAUUAGGAAACAACUGAACGAAAUUGAGGUAAUAAAUUAUUUAAGUAAAGUGUAGCCUGCUCGCAGCCCGAAAUUUUGUUUGCUUCAAAUUUUCGGGUGGGGACUACUGAGCAGGCUAGCUAAAGUGAGAUAAUGUAUGAUGUGGAAUGGUGUGUGAUAUGAUAUGAUGUAGUAAACUGGAUUUUUGUUAUUUUUCACAGAAACUCCAGGAUGAAAUUAAAGAUAAGAAAUUCAUUGUAAAGAAUGCAGAGGAUGCUGGUCAAUGGUUGAUCGAGAACUCAGACCAGUCCCCCGAAGUCGUGCGUGAAGUUCAUGAGAAACUCGCGAGUGUGUCCACGCCCCUCGAGACCUUGCAAGCGCGCGUGAAUGAACGCGAAGUGAAGGUACAAAGUGCUUUGAUGCAGACGGAAGAAUUUGAUGUGAUUUUGAACGACUUUGACAACAGCAUGAAGGAAAUAGCUGCUGUGGCAACGAAAGGUAUUUUUCUUCUCAAAGUUUCUCGAAGGUGGACAAACCAGGAAACAAUGUUUUCCUAGCCAGAAAAUAUUGUUUCCACAACAAAAAUGACAUUUGGAAAACAAGUUUUUCAAUUUGUUGAGAAGCUUAUUUACUUCCUGAGAAACAUUAAAGAUGGUAGGAAAUAAACUCAGAAGUUCCAUCUUGAAACUUUGAUAUUUAAGUCGAGCAAGAGGACACAAUAUUGAACAGCGGUAUUUCGAAUUUAUUGCAAAUUCAUUAUCAGACUAAUAUACACGAUGAAUUUGUCUCGUAUUUUAUUUCAUGAAGUCAUCGGCUGGCAACGGAAACAUUAACAUUUUCGCAACAUUCUUUGCAAGAUUGAGCAAACGGGGAAAACAAAGAAACCGUCGAUGAAUGUGUUUAGUCUGCGUAGUACUUAACAUUUGAUUAAUUAUUUUAAAUUCUUUUUUGAAGACGAACCAGUAUCUGCCGUAUACGAUACAGUCAAAGACCAGAAAGUACAAGCAGAGAACUUGAUGGAUGAUGUGGUACAACAGGGAGUACUCUUUGAUAAGCUCAGCAAAUCUGGCGAGAACGUCGUCAACAGCUUGGACGAAGGUGCGGACAAGGACGAGUUGGUUAAACGGUUGGAUGAGUUGAACAAUGAAUGGCAAGAAGUGAAGAAACAGGCAGAGGAGAAGAAGACAAAGAUUGAGAACGUCUACCCGCUGGCUGAGGACUACAAAACGAAGGUGGAUGAUUUUACACCCUGGUUGGAAAAUGUUGAAAGGAAAGUUGGUGACAUUGAACCGGGAACUGUAAGGAAAGCUGAAGCUGGUCAAGAACUUGAAAAAUUGAAGGUUUGUAUUUCCUACAGAUUGGUCUGAUAGCUACUAAAGACCUAGCUCGUCUGAACAGGUCCUGUGUUUGUGUUAGUGGUCCAUUCCGAUAGCCUUAAUCCUAACAAUUUUCAAUAUUUGCUUCAGGAACUCAAGGAAGAUAUACAAGCCCACAAACCUGAGCGUGAUAGCUUGCUUGACUUGGCUAAAGAACUCACCACCGCAGCAGAAAUAGAUCAACCAGUCGUCGAUAAAGAAGCCGAGCAUUUGACGAAACGUUACGAUGAUCUAACGGUCGAUAUCGAAGACAAGGAAGGUCGAUUAAGUCGAGUGAUUGCCAAGUCAGAGAAAUACCAUGCAGCUCUGGCUCCUGUGGAAGAAUUGUUUACGAAAGUUGAACAAGCUGUUAGCAAGAGUUCACCGUUUGGAGCGGAUGUCGAGCAAGCCGAAGGAGAACUGGAAAUAGUGAAGGUAAAAUCAAAUAAACAUGAGUGAUUUUCAUGUUAGUACUAGCGACGUAUUAAGGCAAGGAUAUGGAUUUUGAAACCAGUCCUGAAUAAUGAAAAAGAUGAGAAAACAGUCGAAGAAAAUACUUUUAGUCUCUUUUGCCAGCUUACUGUUAACACUGGCCCGGCGCUUCAAAAUAUUAUUCGAUGUUGUUAAAUUGUCAAGUUUUUAAUUUCAGGCCAUGGUCGAGGAGCUGAACAGCGCUCUCCCAGCUGUGGAGCAAGUCAACACUGACGCAGAUGAUCUCUUAAAUGACAUGCACGAGAAGUCGACAGAGCGAGCCGAUGUUCACGAGAAGGCCCGAGUACUACCACAACGUUUUGCCGAGCUGAGUGCACGCAUUGCGCAACGCCAUGCCAAGGUUCAGGACGAGCUCCAGCAUGGAGCCGCAUUCAGGAAGGCCGUGAAAGAUCUGGAGGACUGGAUACCGGAAGUCAGUGACAAGGUUGAGGCCCAGAAGGGUGUGUCAUCUAACCCGGAUGUUGUUCAAGCCCAGCUUAAAGAAAUGGAGGUAGGAUGCUCAUUCCCCCACAUUGCUGAACUCGCAUUGUUGUUGAAACACAACCUUAAGCCUGGCUUACAUUGGCAAAGUUUCUGUGAUCACAGUAGGAAUUUUGCAUCGGCAAAUUCUAAGUUUUGAAGGAUUUGUAGGAAAUGUUUGAGGGCACAGACUCAGUGUUAAACAGUGUCUCAUUUCCCUCAAACAUUUCUUACAAAACCUUCAAAACUUAGAAUUUACAAUGCUAAAUUCCUACUGUGAUCACAGAGACUUUGAUAGUGUACACCAGACUUGAGUUUAACUGUUUCGUAUUAGUAGAAACAAUGUACAGUACUUGAAGAAAUGUAGCUGAAGUGUGACAUUGUUUUAUUUAAAACUUUUAUUUUGCAUCUCAUUGUUUUAGGAUAUCAAGGCGAAAAUGGAAGAUAAACGUCCAACACUUCAAACGGCGACGGAUGAAUGCGAUUGGUUAGUGAAUGCUUGCAAAGAUGAACCAAUGAAAGGGCUGGAAACUCGCGCCAAACUCGAAGCAGUUAAGAAACCUUACGACGAGUUGUACGCUCGUGUGUGUAAUCGAUGUGGCAAACUGCAAAGCGCUCAGAUGCGAAGCCAAGAAUUUGAUGUUUCCUUCAAAGAUUUCCUGAACGGUUUGAAAGAAUUGGAGGAGAUUAGCGCUGAGAUUGAACAACCUUCAGCUGUGCAUGAGACGACGAAACAACAGAAACAGGCUUUAGAGGUACGAGACUAUUGGUUUAGUUUUACACCAUACAGAACAACAAAUAAUGGUGCUCAAUUUUAGAACUGUUGUCACUUGCAGAAACAGGCAGCUUAAAUUAUAUUUCUCAAUUCUGAUAAAUGCCGGUUGACCACCAUCUAAUGCACGUUAGUUCUUCAAUAGUGAACCGGAGGAAAAUCUGUAUUUCUCAAUUGAUUUAUUUAGGCGCUGCAAGAGAAGAUCCAACAACGCGAGCCAGUAUAUGAUCAGUUAAUGAAAACAAGCGAGCAGUUCCUAGAGACUACAGAGCCUGGGGACGAACGAGAAGAAUUGAAGUCGAAAAUUGAUGAUCUGACUAAACGAUGGGAAACUGUGAAGGAGAAAACUACAGAGAACUUGGCUGCAAUUGAUGAGGUUUUACCGCUGGCCAAGGUGUUCAGAGAAACAACUGACGUUUUCACUGAUUGGUUGAAAUCUGCUGAACGUAAAGUGGAAACAUUUGAAGCUUUGGUUGGCGAGCAAGCGUGCGUUGUAAGACAGAAUGAAAGCGCAGCGCAGAUAAACGAUGAAAUUCUGAGUCAUAAACCAGAGUUCACUACGCUUGAGGAUGCUGGGAAAGACGUCACGGGAUUGGCUAAAAAGGACAAUGACAAAGUCAAAGACGAGUUUAAUGACGUGGCUGAACGUUGGGAGAAGUUGCAGGUUGAUCUGAGUGAAAUUACAGCGAGAUUGAGUGCAGUGAAUACCUUGCUUGGAGAGUUCAACAAGAGACUGGAACCUAUUGUGGAAGUGAUUGAUAAAUGUGAAGAUAAUCUGAAGUCUGUAGAUCCCUUGGGAGUUGAUGUGGACAAAAAUAAAGUGGAAAUUCAGAAAGUACAGGUACGAUGUAUGUUAUUUGUGCAGUUCUGAAACGCAACAAUUAUAAUAACUCAUCUUUUAAUAUAUAUUUAGCUCACUCACUAUAACUUGUUGUGUCCCUCCAUACUUGCGUAUUGCAGGAAUUGAAUUCCCAUUCCAGAGUUGAAAUGGAAAUGCGCUAAUAAGAAACUAAAAUCAAUGUUUAUCUUUGUAGGAUCUUCUAGCGGAAGUGAAAAAUAUCGAAACAGAUAUGGGAGACUUGGACGUUAUUGGCGGGAACACGAUUGCUAAGGUCGACUCCUUCAAUGGCGACAGCAGUCCAGUGAAUAAAACGCUAGAAGAUACCAAGACUAGAUACGGAGCGUUGACCGCUGACCUCGAGGAAUUGGUGGAAAAACAGAAAGCGGACUCAGAUAAAGCGAACGAGUUUGACGAGGAGAUUAUUGUGAUUGAGAAAUGGGUUAUUAUGAUAUUUGAGGUCGUAAAGAACUGGGACGAUAAGGGCACUGGGACUGAACCUGAUGAAAUUAAGAAACAAUUACGUGAGGCUGAGGUGAGAACUUACUUUGUUUUGGUAUUUGUAUUGACAUAUGACCGUUGACGUUGCUUUUUAGUCUUUUAUAUUUGAGAAAUGAUAAUAUAUUUUUAUUACCCAACCCUUGUUUUGUUUUUCAUUACCCAACCUUUUACUCGCUCAACAUUUUGUUUACCCAACCCUUUCCUCUUCGGUGCCACUCCUCGCCAUAAAUAAUGACCGCUCCCUAAUGAAACCCAGUUACAAACUGAUAAUGCUCAAUGUUGUUUGUUAUACAGAAUGUGAAAGAGGAUGUUGCCAAGCGUGACAAGGAUGUAGAGUACGUGGAAAAACUGGGACAGAGUCUCGCAGAGAACAGCCAUGAUCCCGAAACGACGAGGAAAGUAAAUGAAAAAAUAAAGAAAGUGAAAGAACCGGUGAAUGAGAUCAGACUGAAAGUGAAUGAACGUUGUGAAAACCUGGAGAGCGCUCUGACAGAGAGUCAAGGAUUCCAUGACAAUCUUGACGAGUUCUUACGAUGGUUAACGACGACGGAACGAACGCUGGCGAAGGAAGCUCCGAUCUCUGGCAAUCCUGAGGAGUGUACGACACAACAGAAAGAUGUUCAGGUAAGGUUUUUUUGGCUUCUACACGAAAAUUUUUUGGCUUGCACACGAAAAUUGACUCAGUUUUUGAACGUUUUUAACCGUGGUAUCAUGGCAACGAUAUUUUUUUAUGAAUGAGUUUGAGAAUUUUUUUAUCGAAUAAAUCGUAACGAAUCAUUCUUAUUUUGUAGGAUCUUCACCAAGACAUUCUUGACCAUGAACCAGCUUACCAAGAUAUCCAAACCAAGUCCCAUGAAUUGAGCGAGAAAGCCGCUGGCCCAGACAAACAAGAGCUGGAUGAAAAGAUCACUGACAUCAGCAAACGAUGGGAAGGCAUCAUGGGUAAAGUGACGAAACGUCUGGCAAUCUUGGAAGAAGUAGUUGUGUCUUCUGUGCAGUACACUGAGGCUUGGGAGCAAGUGAAACUUUCGCUUGACUCGAUGGAAGAAAAGGUGAAGAUCAUCAAGGAUGUUUCGUCCGAUCCUGAAGUUAUGAACAAACAAGAUGACACUGCUAAGGUACGUUUUACUCUUCCUGUAUUAAAACUGGACCUCUAGGAAGAACAGUUUAGAACUGAUAGAACUAUAAAGUUAGUUUAGUUUAGGUUUCCUCCUGUAGUAACAAUGGAUCAAUAAGAGAUGACCCUUACUGGACCUCUAGGUAGAACAAUUUACAACUGGUAGAGCUAUCCAGUGUAAAUAAAGUUAGUUUAGUUUAGGUUUCCUCCUGUAGUAACACUGGAUCAAUAAGAGAUGACCCUUACUGGACCUCUAGGUAGAACAGUUUACAACUGGUAGAGCUAUCCAGUGUAAAUAAAGUUAGUUUAGUUUAGGUUUCCUCCUGUAGUAACACUGCAUCAAUAAGAGAUGACCCUUACUGGACCUCUAGGUAGAACAUUUUAGAACUGAUAGAGCUAUCCAGUAUAAAUAAAGUUAGUUUAGUUUAGGUUUCCUCUUGUAGUAACACUUGAUCAAUGAGAGAUAUCCUUACUGGACCUCUAGGAAGAACAGUUUAGAACUGGUAGAGCUAUCCAGUAUAAAUAAAGUUAGUUUAGUUUAGGUGAGUCACAAGGAACUUGUCUCUUAUUUUUUAUAAGAGACUUAAUCACUUACAAAAGUCGUGACAAUUUUUCUUUGACUACAGGCUCUUGAAAAGGAAAAAGUCGAAUGCCAACCAGUUAUUGAACAGCUAGUAUCAUCCAGCAAACCAUUGGUUGAACACUGUCAAGCUGACGUGGGUUCCAUUGAAAAUGAUGUCAGUGACGUACAUGAACGAUGGGAUGCUAUAUGUAGUGUAUUACAUGAAGUACAGGACAAGAUUCCUAAAAUGAAAGAAGCUGUUCCAGUCUACGAGGAGAAGGUGAAGCCGCUAGAACAAUGUCUCGUGGAAGCAAAUAACGUUUUGGCUGAGGUGGAACCAUUUGGACUUGAUACAAACAAGGGAAAUGAACAAUUGAAUAAACUAAAGGUUCGUCACAUUUUAUACAUAAACUAGCCUUUGCUCCUGGAGGCCAUGCAUACUAGCCACUAAGCUACAAGUACUCCUAUGCUUAUAUUUUUUACCAUUCAUAAACCUCUUAUAGAAUAGAAAAUAAACAUUGCAAUUCUCUUUCUAGAAUGCCCGAGAGGCCUUACAAGAAAAGGAAGACAAUCUAUUACCAACUGUCAACGACAAGGGAGACGAAAUUUUAAUCAUUGAUAACAAUCCUGAAAAUGUAUCACGUGUCAACGAUCGUUACUCUGAUCUCAAAGAUCGCACUUCAGACACACUGAGGAAACUGGAUGAUGCUCUUGGACACCUGGAGAAGAACCUGGACACGACACAGAAGUUUAUCAAUGGUAGAGAUGAGUUGGAGACAGAACUUGGCGCCAUCCGUGAUAAGGUGGAAGCUUUGGGACCUGCAGCAAAGGACAGCGAGAAAAUUAAAGAACAUUUGACUGAGUUGGAAGUAAGUUCAUGACUAGCUGUUGUUGUUGUUUUGUGUUGUGCUGUAUUGUGUUGUGUUGUUUUCGUACUAUUUAAAGCACGCGUACGAGUGUUUUAUCACAUAUAAAACACGACGCGUAGCGGAGUGUUUUAUAUGUGAUAAAACACGACUACAAGUGCUUUAAAUGGUUUCAAAAACGACUCAUCUUAUACGAGUUUAUUGGCGAAGUAAUUUUUAAAAUAAACUUUGUCUAAACCGAGAAAAUCAAAGCUAAAGUUUAUGUAAAUUAACAUGAUUUUUUAUCACAUAUAAAACCACGACACGCUUAUGAUUUUUCUUUGUGUUUUCCUCCUGAAUUAUUAAUGAGUUUUUGAAAUCUUGUUUAAUCUGCUACUACAAGUUUUAUCGCCACCAAAAAUGUCCUCGCCCGGGUGCUGGCCCAAAUCAUAGUUUGUCAAGAUAUGAUGGUCUGGAAACUCACGGACACGGUGAUUGAGCUCGUUUUAUUUUGGUAUAAUGCAUGAAAGUAUCAUCCAAUAGGGAUAGCUGAGAUGAAACGUGCAACCACGAUAAGUUGAGGCAAAGGAUUUGUGCACGGUGAGGCACAGUUCAAUAAAGGCAUUCUAUUUUGUAGAUUUGAAGUUUGCCAAGCUUCCAGGCUAUCGUAUCUUGACAGACUAUGUCCGAAUUUAGUUGUUAAAAAACGUCAUCAAUAAUCAUUUUGAGAUUCAAGAUGAACCGCAUGUAAAUUUGUUAUCAAAGAACCAAUCAUGAACACACACACACUGUUUGCACAUCUGCAAAAUGUUUGCAUUAAAACUUAGCAAAAUAUUUUUUCACAUUAAAUGAUGAAGAGAAGAACUCGAGCAGUUUCCGACAAGUGAUUAAUGGAAACUUUAGAAGCGGUCAGGAUAGCGCACGAAGGGAGGUGGGGGGGGGGGUGACUUUUAGAGAUGUACGUUUGUUUUCCCGAUCAAUUGAAUAGGAAAGCUCUCAGAUCAUGUACACGUGGCCGUAUAUCUAGAUCUGUGGGAUAAGAGCGAAAGGGAGAUAUAGCAGAAAAUAUGAAAAGGGUAGAAACCACAAAUUUAAAAAAAGUAAAAGUCCGGAAAGACAGUGUUGACAUUUCUGUCGCAAUUGAUAUUCCGGGCGGAAAAUGAAGGCACCUUAAGAAUAUGAUAGCCCAGAAAACUAUUUUAAAAAGAGCCAUAAAAAAUGUAAGAUAUAAAAUUUAUCCGAGCAAAAAGCAUUUAACUCCCCCCUUGAAAUAGGCACGUAACAUGGUUUUCAACUGAAGCAUUUUAAAAGCUAGUGAUAAAAUGUUUUUGCACAGAUGGACUAACCCUUGAUCUGCAGCAUCUACUCUCAAAAACAACGGCUAUAAUAAUUAAUUCUACAUAUAUUCGUUAUUGCAAUAUGAAUAGAAAUUAAGCGCUGAAAUAACAGUCAUACACAAGUGUCAAAUACAGCUGACAUGCUUUUCCCUAUUGUUCUUCAAUUUUCCGAGUUAUUCUAGACCUAUUUUCAAUGCAUUCUGUUGCACACGAAAUUGUAAAGGGGGGUGAGGCGGCAGAAAUUUCUAGUUCUGCAUCAAUUCCGUAGGACAGCAUGUCAGCAACAAAUAUGAAGGAGAGAUAACAAACAUCACAUGGGCUCUCUCAUAACUACUGUUUUAUGGAGUUUACGGGGACGUAGAAGACCAAGAAAUGCAAGACAGCGAGUGAAUGUAAGAUUUGGGGGAUUUCUUAGUGUAUUUAUCGUAUAUUAAAAGCUUUGCUCCUGCAUGUACUUUACAUUAAAUUACUGUAUAAUAUAUCUCGUUGUUGUGAUGCAUUGUAUUACGUGUGUGGAAAUAUAUUGAUUAUUAGACCAAAGGCUUGCAAAGUAACGAUAUAUUACAGCCGACUCAAUACUCGACAUAGUAUACAUAACUCUGAGUUUUGGCUUCUUUGAAGGCGUAAAUUUAUUCAUAUCCUUUGUUUUCAAUUGAAGGCAUCACUGAUCACGAGAGCUUAUGUUUUAUAAACACUGCCUGUAUGUGAUCUGAUUUUUUAUACAAUUCUAUUUCUGGUAUAUACAUGAUUUAGUGGAAAGAACUGUAAAAUUUGCGGCAUUUUAAUAGGUCGUGAAAUGAGAAGCCUUCGACUAUAGUUCUUAUAUUGUAUAGUGUGGUUGAAUCAAAUAUAUAUAUAUAUAUACUUAGGCAGUUAUCGUCUCAACCGCGUUUCAACCCUAGGUGGGCAAUAUAAAGAGGUCAAAUUAUUAUGACUCUACUGCUAGUAAAGUAUAUGACAAACAUUGAUUUUCAAAACUUAUUUUCUAGCGCGAAAUAUGAGUUCAUACCUUCGUGGUCAUAGCAAUAUAAUAUCAGUGAAAAUAUUUACAUAAUUUGUAAUAUGAAGCUAUAAAAGCAUCGCAACUACUUGUGAUGAAACAUUCAAAUUUCUAUCACAAAUAAAAUGUGAUUGGAACUAUAUAAUAUAUAUUUAUAUAAGGUUAGCGCAAAAGAUCGAUGUCCGUGCGCGCGUAUGCGGAACAGAAGGACAAAUUGGCAACAAGUGCUAUCUGCGCUAUUAAACAUAUCAAUUGCAUGAAACGGCGGUAUACUCGCAUUUCGUCACACGAACUAAGAGUCUUUUUGUUUUGUUUGUAUUUUGCACUUGCGUGCGUAAUAACGUUUGGUCAAGUGCCAGGGCACGUAUAAGCUUACAUCUAAGACAGAUUAAGCUUUACAGCUUACACCUAAAUCUACACGCCUGACACGCAUAGUCAUAAUUCUAAAUAUCAUUUACAUUUUCAAACCAAAUGUGAAAGCAAAACCUAAUACAGCUGCUUAAUCUGUCUUAUCUUGUGUUCUUUGUCACCGCUAACCGCUUGCAAACCGCGACGUUUGCGCUUUUAGUUCAAAUUUCAAAAGUCACUCGAAAUCAUAUAAAUAGCCUAUUUUAUAUAUUUGUUUAGACUAACCAUUGUAGCUACGGGGGUCUACACAUUACACUACCAAUGUUUAAUACAAAACAAAACUGUCCGACCAUAGAAAAUAUUUUUGAAACAUAAUUUAAGAAAAUGUAUUCGUCUUUACAGGUUUUGUUGACAUACUUUUAAUAUGUUAUGCUCACCGCAAUAAAUGUGAAUAUUAAUAAUAGUACAUUUUCCUAUAUUUUUUAAAAUUGGGUCAAUUUGGUUCGUGACCCCUUUUGAAUCUACCCUAACAAAGCACACAACACAAGAGACAAUUUGAAUGAGCGCUUUUUAUUGCUUUGUCUAUCUUGUUUACAGAUUCAAGCUGAGAGCAGCUUUAGAAAUAUUAAAGUUAUUACAGUUUCUUUAAAUAGAAUAAUUUUUGAAUUCUGGGCGAAUCUAUGACUAUAUUAACGUAAUCCAGAAACGAAAUAAUUUGAAUAGUUUGGAAUUCAACGAAGCUUUAAUCUAUAAUUGAAAAAUGAUUUUGUAAUGAUCGCAUUCUUGAGACGCCGACAUUUGAAUAUUGUAUCUGGGCAACUGAAAUUAAUUUUAAUGGCUGUAAUCGUCUAGGAUUUUGUUGUCUAGUUUAUGUUUAACUUCUAAAUCUCUGCCAGGAAACAUGUGACUGUACCAUUAUGAUGUCAACAAUUGCGAAAUGUGGACUCUGUCGUUCAUAUAGGUAGUCUUUUACUGCCCAUAGCAUCGCCGUGUUCAAGUGGGCGCCAGUCAAACUCAUGGAUUAUUCGUCAAGUAUUGCACGCACAUUUGCAUAAUUUUGUAUUCUUCGGCCUUUUACGGUCUUGGCAUAACUGGUCUUCGUAUUUAUAUACUAGACACAAAGCAACUUGAAGCAGCUAUACUAUAUUGGUACAUAGAGAUUUACCAAGUCCAUCAAGAUUUUUAAGAAGUUUAGAUUCACGCAAAAUUGGCAACAUACGUGAUAUACUUUUAAAUGAUGGAAAUUUCAAAGUGUGUGUUCAAACAAAAAGACGAUAUUCAUCUCUCAAAUGGCUCGAGAUUAAUGACGGUAGAAUUCUCACAUCACUCAUGUGAGGACGAAGUAAAUGGACAUCAUUACAUCACUCAGAAGUCGGUGCCUAUUCAGCGUCCGAAAUUUGGCCCAUUUACUUUAACUCUAAUCCCUAAGGAGGUAUAUAGUCUAUACAUAAGUUGUAUGGGAAGUAAAAGUCUACUUCAUUUUGAACUUCAUCACGUAACAUUAAACUGUUUCGAUUGCCAAGCGGAAACCGUGUGAUUAUAAGCGAAUAUUUGUUUUUUCCGAGUGACUCUCAUGAAUGAUUUAUCUGAGGCGCCAAGAGUAUAUAUCACUCUUUUAAGUAUUUAUCAUCUCAUUUUUCUCGGGGAAUAAAAUGUGGUUCCAUUAAGUAAAUAUUGCAUAAUAUUGUUUGAAAUAUUCCUUUCAAAUCUAAUAUCCAUGCAAUACGCAUGCCCAUUCGUGUUUAGUCUGUGUUUAAUUAUUAGUUAAAAUUUAACGAUAUCAGUUUUGACACGUAUUAUUUUUGUGAUAAAAUUUUAUUUGCUAAAAUGCACCACUUGCAAAGCGAUUUUAUUUGAUAAUGUAGUGCAUUUAUUGUAAAAAGAUUGUGUGCAAAUUUACUGUAAUAUUUUAAAUAAUCUGUAGUACGGUGUUUAGAAUUGAAAAGAUUAGUGAAAUUCUUGGUCAGGGCUCCAUGCAAUUCUAGCAAAUGCGAUCUACGCUUGUCAUUUUGCAACGUCAGCAUGCUAUUGAGAUAUUGUUAUUGUUAUAUAUUAUUGUUUGUACAAUAAUAAUUUGAUGUUUUUUAACUACAUUUAUUGAAAACUACAUUGGCAGCCUUAUCUUGAAUUGCUUUGUGGUUUUGAUGAUAAGCGCCCCCAUUUUACCGAAUUAGGUUACAAUAUAGUCUUUACAAUGGCAAGAUAAUUGUCUAUAAGUUUCUUUCUCUAUGCUGUUAAAUUUGCUUGUGCAUUUAAUGCUGCUAACAGGUGGCAACAGGUAAUAAACGCUAUGUCUGUCCGGGGAAGAUCUCGUGGACGGCGAUCUUAGUUGUCAGCUAAAAUUAAAGCCAUUUAUCAGCUGUCAGUUAAGAUAUUUCUUAGUUGUCAAUCAAAAAUACAGACAAAUGUCAGUUGUGACUUAUCACAAUUCAAACCCAUACAAAAUGUACAAUAUAAACGCUAGUUCAAUUUGACGUAGCCCAAAAGUAAUUAAGUGCCCAAUAUUAAUUUUUUCUGUCGUUUAAUCAGGAACAACAAGCAAAGCUUGCCAAUUUGAAAUACGUUCUUCAAGAAACGACCGAUGCAAGCAACGAUCUUCUCGAACAGACGCCUGUGGACGACAAUGCAAAUACGGAGAUCCCCGAACAGGUGACGAAAGUCAACGAUCUUUACGCGGAAGUUAACGAUCUCCUCGAUGGAGCAUUGACAGCCGAGAAAGAAAAUUUAGCAAAACAUGGAGAGUUUGAAACUCUGUUGGAUAGCUUUGCAGACAAGGUGGAUUCCUUGGAAAAACGCUUGGAGGAUGUCAAACCUUUGUCGACGAAACUACCAGAGCUUAAAGCUGAGCAAGAAGAACUUACGGUUAGUCCAGACUUCGUUAUUGUAUAUUGAGAUCUGCCUGUCACGACACGAGUACGAUUUCUGCAAUAUGUAGUUUUCAGAUUUGCCUCGGUCGCAUGUGAGAAGCGUGCUUCCAGUUUGACUCGAAACGUCGAAUUUCUCCUUGUUUUCUUCGGGUCCAAACUACUUGGAAAAGACAAAAACAAACAAUUGGAACAAGUAGUAAAACUUAACGUUUUUGCUGCCUUUAGAUAAUUCAAGAAGAAGUUCUCCAACAAGAAGCAUCAUGUGAUCAACUGCUUGAGGUGAGUGAGAAGAUGGCGGAGGAAAGCCCUGGGGACGAAACUGAAGCGAUGAAACAGAAAGUACAAGAUACGACGAAGAGGUGGCGAGUUCUACUGCAAGUUAUCACGAGACGUGUUGAGAUUAUUGAAGAAGUUGUGACUCUGAGCGAACAAUUUGAGGAGGAAAUUGAGAUUGUUGUCACGUUCAUUACCAUCACAGUGAAGACGUUGCGUGAUCUGAGGCCUGUCUCGUACGACCAGGAACCCAUUGAGAAGGAACAGGAAAAAUUGAAGGUAGGAUCAGUUGGACCCAUGUUUAUUGCACACUGAUGAGCCGUCUGGAAGAAGUUUGGGCAAAGAAGGGGUAGUUGCUGAAUGGAAAACGGGUUCAAGGAAUUUUAAAAUGACAUCAUUCUUUUUUAACAUAUUUUUAUUUCUCGUUCUAGGCUCUUGAAGCUGAAAUUGCAGAGAAACAACCAAUUCAGGAAUCAGUGACUGCUACCUCGGCUAAACUCGCUGAACUUUGUGAAGCUGAUGUUGAUGAAAUGAUGGCUAGAGUGGAUGAAAUGAAUAAAAACUGGGAAGAAAUGAAUGGAGAGAAAGUAAACAAGGAUGAAGAACUACAAAAGACGAUGAAUGAUCUCUCAGAAUACGAGAAACAAGCCAAUGCUGUUCAAGAAAAGAUAAACAAGACUGAGAAAGCUUUGCCCACUGAAAGUGCGCUUGUUUUAGACCUACCUCAAAUGCGAAACAAUCUUGCGAAUAUCAAAAACGCUGCAGAGCAAUUAGAAGCUGUGAAACCUCAACUGGACAGCACUGUGGCGUAUGGAAAUGAGUUAGUAACACAAGACCCUGAGAUUGAUGGAUCAAAUGUGAAAAGGCGGAAUGAAGAGCUGGCCGAAUUGUACAACAAUGUUGACGAGAAAGUUCAGGAAGAAGCGAAGAAGAUGCAAGAUUUAGUAGAUAAAAUGGAACAAUACUCCAAGUCUUCGAAAGAGCUGAGGAAAGAUCUGGCUCACAUUCACGAUGAGGUCGAGGCAAAUAAACCUGGUCAGUUGGACAUGGAGAGUCUGAAAGAAAAAGAUGACAAUGUUAAGGUCGGUCAUCGUUUUGUAUUAGUGAGGUUCAGAUUUGUCUUCCACUACCUCUCAGUUAUGAUAUUUUCUACAUGGCUUUCUGACCCUCUCUAUUUUGACAUUUUCUUCUACUGUGUAUAGAUCGUAUAUUGUUCUCCUAAACUCCUUACCUUAACGUUUCUUUCUUUGUUUUGAUGUUCAUAUGCUUUUGUCAUCUGCAAUUUUUAUGCAGAUAUUUUGCAGAUAUGUUGACAGAUAAUCAGCAUAUCUGCAACUUUUAUGCAGAUAUUGUAGACCUUGUUGCAGUUAUGCCUUGUGUUUAUGCUUAUAUUGCGUCGUAGUGAGGACAGUACAUAAUAAAUCAAUACGUUUGAUCCCUCUUAAGCUCAUGCUCAUGCUUGAGUAGUAGUGUGGAGCAGGCUUUAGAAACGAAUAAAAUAUUUUCUCGCUUCAGAAACUGAAAGAACAUGUCAACGACACGGCGCAGUUACAUGACGCCUUCAAUAAAGACGGACAACAAUUAAUCGGAGCAGGCCUGGGAAGUGAUCCCGCCUUGAUGAAAGAAAUAUCAACAGUCAGCAAAGAGUAUCAUGACGUCACUGGAAGUGUAGAUACACUGCAGGCUCAACUUGACGACGUCGUGGCGGAAGUGGCGAAGUUCGAAGCGGAACAUGACGUCAUUGAUAAAGAUUUGAAAUCGUUGGAAGAGAAAGCUGAGGGAAUUAAUGCCAAGGCAGUCGGUGGUGAACCUGACGAGAUUAAUAAACAGUUGGAAGAAGUGAAGGUAAGAUGAAACACAAUUUUUCUUCAAACGACAUUUGAUAUUCAAUAUGAGCCGUGUCGUGGUUUGUGCCUGAACAAAUCGAAAAAGUUAAAACUUCUUCGUCGUUACGAACGACGGCUCUUCGUUAAGAGGUUACUGCGUAGCUCAGAACAUCAACGUAGUCUUCUUGAGCGGUUCAUAAUCUCUCAACUAGUCGCAAAUUUAGAAGUUAGUUACCGACGUGGUUACCUCUCGAUUAGAGAUGUCUCUCAUUAACACCUAGAACCCUGCUUCACACCGAAGUAGGCCUUAGUUUAUGGUUUAACUUAUGAUUGAUUUGAAUAAUAAUUUCUAGGCUUGUCAAAAUGAUGUCGCCAAAAUUCAAGAAAGCAUCCAGUCUUUACAGGACUUAAAAUACGGCCUUACUGCGAGAUACCGGGAUUCUGAUGCUACUCCGCUGGACAAAAUCAUCGAGGACCUAAACCACCGUCUGAUGGCGAUCAGCCACAGUCUGGUGGAGAGACAAUCUAAGUUAGAUCAAGCUCUGCUUCAAUCCGGGAAAUUCAAGGAGACUGCAGAUUCGCUUCUUGAUUGGUUGUCUGAAACACGUGACUUGUUUGAAUCCCAAGGACCUGUGUCUGCUGCUGACCCGAAUCUCUUGAAGGCUCAAAUGAAAGAGAAUCAGGUAUGAAUAGGAUUUAAUGUUCUUUGGGAGCAGAUUUUUUUGUAUGUUACGUAACACGCGCUCAAAACUAAUGCGUAUAAUAUACCACUUGAGGUUAUGACUAAAUUCAAAAUUUUUAUUUUUCGAUACGUUUCUCAAUUGGCAAACAAACUUAAAAAGUAUGUUUAGUGCUUUAUCUGUAAAAUAAUGCUAAAAUGAAGAGAUUUUAGAUGAUACGCCAAAGAGAAAAUGAUGUCUGAAGUUCAGUAAGUUUUGCUUAUAUGACUGUAAAUAUGGGGUCAAUUUUAAAGCAACAUCGAUAAUUGUAUUUUAAUUGACAAUUUUUAACUAUUAUUUUAUGUUUCUCAACCGGCAGAUGCAUUUAAAAAGGUAGCUAACUGUAUAAACUAGAGAAUAAAGCUAAAGCAAAGUAAUUUUGAGAGGAACGCCAAAAAGAUUUUUAGGUUUUGAACACUUUUAAUUGUAAAUACGUGACAUUGAAAAAAAUUGCCUCUUAAGACUACAUAUACACUAUACUGGAUAGAUUUCCGUAGCGGCGCGAAAAAGCACCUAUCCGAUACGGAAUGUACAACUUUCAGAAGCUGAACGAGACAACAUCUCUCCGUUGCAAUAAUUCCUCUGAAAAUAGCGUUCCUGAAAGGUUCGGAUAGGUAUUUUUUUCACGUCGCUACCGAAACCUAUCCGGUACAGUGUCAACACUAUUUCUGCUCGAAUAUUCAUCUUAUUUUUUUCGCUUUCUUUCAGUUACUUGUGCGUAUGAUCAAAGAACGUGAAAGCACUCUGAAGUCAGUACAAGCGACCGCUGAUGAGCUCCUAAAGACUGCAGAGCCGGACAAGAAACAGGAAAUCGAAGAACAAAUGGCCGACAUUAACAGCCAAUGGGAAGAGCUGACAGGUCUUGUUGGAAAACGUGGCGACCAAUUACAAGAGGUCUUAGAAAUCUCUCAAAAAUUCUCAAAUCUCAACAAAGAACUCACCGAUUCUCUUAGAAAAAUUGACAAGAAAGCCAAAGCUGAGAAAUUCUCGGAGGUUAAAGCGAAACCAGAAGAAAUUAAAGAACAAAUUGACGAAUUUGGGGAGAUAGUUGAGGAGUUCAAUGCCUGUGAACCAAAGUUGGUGGAAUUAGAGGCCCUGAGCGAGACACUGAUAGGCUAUGCGACAGAAGAGGAUGCUGGGAUCAUUGAGGAGAAAGUGGAGGAUGUAAAAGAGCGAUAUUGGAAUGUUGAGAAGCGAGUGAAGAAUAUCGAAGGGAAGCAGAACGAGGCUUUGAAACUGGCUGAGAAAUUUAAUGCGGAGAAAGUUUUGUUUGAAGAAUGGUUUGAGGUGACGGAGACCGCUAUGGAUGAAGUGGAUGGAAGUGAGGAUAACGAAGUUAAACAACAGAAACUGAAGGUACAGUUCAUUCUCCAGAAUUUGUCUUGUUAGGAUAUUGUGCUACGGUCAUUGAAUUCCUGCAAUUUCAGUUGUCUUAAAGUUUUGUAAUUUCUAAGUCUUGAAGGAUUGAUAAGAAAUGUUUGAGGGAACUGACUUAGUGUUAAACAGUGAAUCAGUUCCUUCAAAUAUGUUUUAUAAAUCCUUCAAAACUUAGAAUUUACCUAUGCGAAAUUCCUACUGUGAUCACAGACUUUGAUACUGGUAAACCAGCCAUAAUUUCACCUCAAGUCAUAUAAGAAACACGUCCAGUUUGACUCUACCAAAAAAUCCAGUUUAUCAUGGUACCCUCUUAUGCAAUAAUUUUCUCAACUUGUUCUCGUUCAGGCUGUACAACAGUCAGUACAAAACAAGGAACCGGACUUGACGAAAUUCCAGGUCAUUGGUUCUAAACUCUCCAAGACGGUCUCAGACGAAUACAUUGUAAUUAUUGAAGAGAUAGUGCAAAUCAUUGAAAUUCGUUGGAAGAAAUUGAAAUCAAGAGUCGAGAUUGUCGCGAAAGAUCUCUUCACUGGCAAAGAGGAACUGGGGAAAUUCAAAACCAACAUGGACAGUGUUGAAGAAUGGUUAGCUGCCACUGAAACCAAACUGUCAAAUCUUGAAGCACCUUCAUCUAAACCCGAUAAAGUUAAGAAACAGAUUAAAGAAUUAACUGUAAGUGACUUAUUCACAUUUUCAAGUUUUGUUUAUUCCAUUGCGAUAUGGUGUUGGCUGUUAAAAUUUCGUCUCUGUCGCAUGUGAGAAGAGUGCUUCUAGUUUGACUUUUACCAAACACCACAGGUUUUUUUAAGGUACUCCCGUUUCAUUCUGUAGUAACACUGGACUAGCUGCGCUUUACUGAACCUCAUUUAUGCUUCUUAUUUCAGCCAAUUACCAACGACAUUGCAGUGCAUGCUGGUACGGUUAAUCAAGUUCUGGACAGCGGUCAGACACUCCUGAUAGCACUGGGUGAAGACGAAGGAGCUGACGUGAAGGCGAAACUGGACCACAUCAGAACGAGGUUCGCGAACAUCAACGAUCAAGCUUCAACGAGACAGGCGCAGUUGGUAGAACUGUUAUUGCUGACUCAGCAAUAUUUACAUAUCGUGCACGAGGUGUCCACGAGACUGCGACGAGCCGAGGAGAACGUGGCGAAAUUGGAGGAUGAUAAGGGACAUGCGGCUGAAGUGGAACAGGAAAGGAUUAAGGUGAGUAUUUGGAGUUAUUUAAUUAUUUUAAUUAUUUUAAGAUCUUGGGGAGAGGUCCGACCAAGGAUUGAACCCAGCUUGAAAGGCAAGCGUGAUGACCACGACAACACAAAAGCUGAUUAAACACCUUCACUUCUUUAUUUCAGGCGAUUCAAGAAAGUAUCACCGUGCUGGCGCCAUUAAUGUCAAACUACGCAGACACACAUAACGACCUUGCCAAACACUGCAGCGCUGACGAAGUAGCCGAAGCCGCGAAGGAACUGGAACGAAGUAAGGAAAGAUACCAGGCCCUUAGAGCUGAGAUUGAGAAGCGCGGAAUACAAGUUGGAAUGACGUUACAACAAGAGGAACAGCUGCAGAUCAUGCUGGAGGAAUUGAUAUUACAUCUGGAGAAACGCAAGGAAGAACUACAUAACUUGGAACCCGUUGGAAUACACAGUGAUGUUGUCCGGGAACAAUUACACGCACACGAGGUUAGUAGAGGUUUUAAUUUUUUUGUGUUUGUGGAUUGCAAAUACACGAUGUCAGUACAUGUAUGUUGCUCCAACAGUUAGUGAAUGUACCUUUCAUUUCUUCGACUGAAGUGGCUGGGUCCAUGGGAUGUUUCUUACUGGACUUUGAAGGAGGACAGUUUAGAACUGAUAGAGCUAUCCAGUAUAAAUAAAGUUAGUUUAGUUUAGGUUUCCUCCUGUAGUAACAGUGGAACAAUAAGAGACGAUCCUUACUGGAUUCAAGAGACAACAGUUUAGAACUGAUAGAGCUAUCCACUGUAAAUAAAGUUAGUUUAGUGAAAAUGCUGUCGUGAAAAGCGAUAUGGCCUACUAUGAAUGUAUUUACAGCCCUACCUUACGUUUACCAACACAAUUUACCUAUGCUCUAUUUGUUGCUUAUUUAGGAUUUGGCCAAUGGUGUCAAAGAAGACCAAAUGUUAGUGGACGAGACUGACACUCAGGUCAACAUCGCUGUGACAGCCAACCCAGGCACAAGUACCGCAGAACUGAUGACGGAAAAAAUGACGCGAGUGAAAGGCCUUUAUAUUGAGAUUGAAGCAUUGAGCAGCGAUCGUCAUCUGGCAUUGGACAGUGUCUUGGAGGCAUGUGACAAGUUCUGGGACGGUGUGGAACAACUGAGGAUAUCAUUGAAGGUCGUUCAGGGACAUUUAGAUACACAUGAUCCUCCUGCCGCUGAACUUCACCAUAUCGAGGAACAAGUACACGAACAUGAGGUAAGCACUGAUCUGGCAAGAAAACUGGAUUGAGUAUGUAUGCGUUGAAUGCUUGCUGCGCUGAAUACUUCCCCUACUGUGUAAAAUAUGCUAGUAUUGUCGUAAAAUAUGCUAAUAUUUCAGCAUUUCCGGUGGUAUAUGAAUGAAUUGCCCUUUAUUAUUGUGAUCAGUGUUUGCAUAUCGAAUAUCUUCAGAAAUGAAGACACUUACAAUGGUUUCUAUUUUAGGAACUUUGCAAAGAUCUCAACAGCCACGAAGACCAAAUCAAUGCGAUAUGCAAUGCUAGUCCAGUGCUGGUAGCAAAUUGCGGUCAGGGUGAUAAACUGGUUGUGCAAAAUGCAGUAACAGAAAUCAGCGAUCUCUGGGAGAAAACGGAGAAUGCAUGCAAGGCGCGUAAGAAUGACCUUGCAGAAGUGUUUAAACUGGCAGAACAGUUUGAGAAAUCUCACAUUGCUGUCUGUGAAUGGCUCGAGGUGACUGAAACGAAAUUGGAAAAAGUUCCGUCUGUUGGAUCUGAUGUGAAAGCUGUUAAGAAACAACUUGAUGCUCAAAGGGUAUGCUACAGUGCUGUCUUUGGUAGAAUGAUUUGAAACUCAGUAUAAAGCCUGGUUUACACUAUCAAAGUUUCUGUGAUCACAGUAGGAAUUUUGCAUUGGUAAAUUCUACGUUUUGAAUGAUUUGUAAGAAUGUUUUGAGGGAAAUGACUCAUUGUUUAACACUUAGUUCCCCCAAACAUUUACCUAUGCAAAAUUCCUACUGUGAUCACAGAAACUUUGAUAGUGUAAACAAGCUAAGCCUGCUACUGUAGAUUUACUUAGGCUGUGUAGCUUCCCUUAGCACGUAUAUCAUGCGCCUCUGAUGAAUUGAGAGACCACACCUUGUGUAAUUAACAUUGAAUAUAAACACUUAUCAACUAUAGCACUGUAUUUCAUUAUUUCUCAGGAAUUACAACGUGAAAUACCGGAACAACAAGUACAUGUGACAACUGCAAACCAACACGGGCAAGCAUUGAUGGAGAAAUGUCGACCCGACGAUGUACCUGUAGUACAAGCACAGGUGAAAGAAAUGAAUGAUAGAUGGAAAGCACUUCGUAUGAUCGUCAUGGAAAGACAACAGAAACUCGAGGAAGCGUUGCUUGCUUUGGGACAGUUCCAGUUGGCCUUGGAAGAACUCCUGGCCUGGAUCAAUCACACAAAUCAAUCAUUAGACAAAGAACUGCAACAGAAACCUAACUGUGAUGUGAGAUCCAUUGAAGUGGAAAUGUCGAAACAUAACGUUAGUUGAUGUAGUCUUGCUAUUUUGAUAUUUGUGUUUUUGGACAGACUACAGUCCUUACUGGACCUCUAGAGAGAACAGUUUAGAACUGAUAGAUAGCUAGUAUCCAGUACAAAUAAAGUUAGUUUAGUUUAGGUUUCCCCCUGUAGAAACACUGAUCAAUAAGAGAUGACUCUUACUGGACCUCUAGGAAGAACAGUUUAGAACUGACAGAACUAUCCAAUUCAUUUCAUCUGUUGUUUUACUUGGUUUGUGUAAUAUGUUGGUUGUAUAAUAUCCUGCUCUAUGAAUGCUCAAUCCAAUCUACAUUCCACUAAUUUAGAUCAUCCAAAAUGACAUCAGUGCGCAUAAGCCAACGAUGCAAAGCAUCACGAACGCCGCGAACAAACUUCUUGAGUCAGGCACGACCAAGAUGGACACCGCUGUUCUCAAAAAUAAACUGGAUGAUCUUCAAAAUGGUUGGCAGGAACUCUUGGCUAAGUCCGCACAACGUGAACAAGAUCUUACUGGUUCCCUAAAGAUAGCACGUGACUUCAUGAGCGAAGUCCGGGAAAUGUUAGGAUGGUUGAAGGAAGCCAGAGAAUUCUUGAAACAACGAAGACCUGUGGGAGGAUUCCCGGAAACCUGUGAGAAACAAAUUGAAAAACACAAGGUAAAUCUGGAUAACAUUUUAGUAGCAACAAUGAAACUAUAAAGGAUAGCUCUUACUGGACACCUUAAACUGAUAAAAGCUACCCUAUUUAGUUACGUUUCCUUCUGCAGUAACACUGGGCCAAUAUGGCCUUUGCUGAACAGAUUUAGAAGCUGUCUAGCAUAAUAAAGUUAAUUUUCCUUCUCCAGUAACGAUGGACCAAUAUGGCCUUUGUUGAACAGAUUUAGAAGCUGUCUAGCAUAAUAAAGUUAGUUAAGUUUCCUUCUGCAGUAACACUGGACCAAUAUGGCUUUUGCUGAACAGAUUUAGAAGCUGUCUAGCAUAAUAUUAAUAAAGUUAGUUAAGUUUCCUUCUGCAGUAACACUGAACCAAUAUGUCCUUACUGGACCUCUUGAAAGUUUUAAUUGUAUAACUCUCCACUAUAAAUAAAGUUAGUAUAAUGCUAAAACAUUUCAUUGUCGCCUCAGGAGUUUGCGAAGCAAGUGGAAUCUCGCGCUGCCAAGUAUGAGCACAUCAUGAAAACGAGCAGUGAACUCCUGGAAACUAGCGAUCCAGCUGUCGCCAACACAUUACGUAAUAUGCAGAGCGAGGUGAAAAGGUCCUGGGAAGAGAUUACGUCAAAGACGGAGGACGAAGGAAAGAAACUGGAUCAUGCGCUGGAGAAGGCGACCAAGUUGAAUGAUGGGUCUGUAUAUAUGGUCACGUGGUUGACGGAGAUUAAGGAAGAACGGGUCAUAUUUGAAAUUAUCAGUGUCGUGUUUGAGAAGGUUGAGGAACAAAAGAAUAAAUAUAAGG